AUGUCCUACAACAACAACACCUACCACCCCAUCGCCUCAGCAGACAAAGUCCCAACCAUCCACACAAUCCAUCCUAUGAAACGCUCGACGUCCUACUCUCCUGCCGCCCAGGAGAGCGGUGAUGACGAAUACAAGCACCACCACAUCAAGAAAGACAGCGCAAGCAGCACAGUAGCCUGUGGCAACGACCAUAAAGUGAAAGCCGCGCUGACGGAGCUCCUCAACGACGACGGUGUGAGAUCUAAUGCGCGCGGAAGCAGAUCGGUACAGAACUUGCUUAUGGAUACCGAGAAGGCGUUGAGGAAGCAGCGCAGGGAGUCGCUGUCGGGACGGGCUUCGAUUUCGGUGGCGAAGUGA